AUGACGGAAAUCAAGGGGGAAGCGAAGAAGUUUGCGGGGGAGGUGAAGGUGGUUGAGGAAAAGGUGAAGGUGGUUGAGGGAAAGCCGGGGGACGAGGGUGGUGAUGGUGGCAGAUGGUCCUCGGCCGGACGACUCUGUUCUCGCGAACUCCCGAGAAACAUAGAUGGAGAACCUGCGAGUAAGACACAGGAAAAGAACAGCUGUAUGGAAUCUGCAGAAACACAGCCAAUUAUUGUUGAUAACGUGGAUGCUGAGACAGUUAAACCAAGUACAUCCAAGGAUACAAAACAGGACAUGAAAUCGUCAGAGGAUAGCCUAAGAAAAAAAAAGCUGCAUUUGAAGCUCUUAAAAUUACAGGCACAGAACAAAAUGCUCCGCGAAAUCGACGACUCCGUUUGA